UUGCUGUUAAAUUAAUUUUUACUGAUUUUAAUUUCUAUAUCUUGUAUGUACUAAUACAUGUAGUAUUAUAAUAUUUUUCAGAUCACCGUUUCUGCUUCUCCUUCAUCCAACACCAGUGAACAUUUUCCCUCCUAUUUUACAAAAAAUUUCUCCAUAGACUCUCUCUAUCUCUCUCAUUUGCAAAACCCAUUUGUGGAUUUGAAAAUAACUAGUUUUCAGCUCAGAUUGUGGAGGAAAAUGGGGUUCCUCGUGACAACUCUAAUUUUUGUAGUGGUGGGAGUUAUUGCAUGUUUCUGUGCUGGAAUCUGCUGCAAUAAAGGGCCUUCCACUAAUCUGUUACACCUGACAUUGAUUAUAACUGCUACAGUAUGCUGUUGGAUGAUGUGGGCGAUUGUGUAUCUUGCACAGUUGAAACCACUCAUCGUGCCAAUCUUGGGUGAAGGAGAAUGAGAUGCUUAUGGAAGCCAGCAGCCAUCCAAUCCAUUAUUCAAGGAAGAUCAAUGGGAGGAAGAAGUAUUUUAUGGCAUGUAGUAUCUGAAGAUACUGUUGUAUCAAAAUUUCUGUAUACUUGUAACAACAUGUUUUCUUGUUCGAAAUGCUUUUGGGGACAUUUCUCUGAGCUUUGGACUAAUGGCAAAAAUAACAUAUGGAUGAUGUAACUAGUAGUUCUUUCAAACAACAACAACAACAAUCUGUCCAACUAGUAGUUCUUACCCUGCCUUUGAAAUAAAUUCAUUUUCCAUC